AUGGCCACUGUUACCGUGUCAGAGAUCUCAAACCAAGCGGCUAUCCUGCGCGCCGAACUGAAGGAGUGGGAGCGGGGAUUUGCAGCCGCCAAUGGAGGCAAGAAGGCAGAACGAGGAGACAUCAAGAAAGUUCCUGAAAUUGCUGCCAAAUAUAAAGAAUAUUCCCGAUUGAAAUCCCAAGAAUCGGCAUCGAGCAGCAAGAACGACAAGUCGCAUUCGAAGCCCACUGAUACCCAAGAACGAUCAAAAAAGCGCAAACACUCCUCGCCAAACGGACCAGAACAGAGUCAAAGCCAUUGCCAGACGACAUCUACGCCACGAAAAUCCGCAGCCGGUAUCUUCCAGACACCCUCGAAACUAAAGACUACACAUCCGGCAGAUGUCGAUCCUUACGAUUCCCCGUCUGUGCUACGGCGGCUCUUCAGCCCCUCGACGCAUAUGCAAACCUCCUCGCCCCUGAAGACAGCUAUUGGGCCGACACCGCAGCGGGAUGGAAAAGCACUCGGCCUCUUUGACCUCCUCUCCGAGUCGGGCGGUAGCACCGCAACGCCAACCGCAGCCCGGAUGGCAAGUCUCAAGGGAAUUGCUGCGCAGACGCCAUCGAAGAAGCGGAAGAUGGAUACUAUAAGGGAAGAAGAUGAGGAGGAGGAGGAUUCGCCUCGAGUGGAGCGAACGCCCGCCUCGUCCGGGAAGAAGUAUAUGCUUUCAGCUCUUUUUGCGACGCCUACAGCUUGGAAAUACUCUUCGAUUGUCGACGAUGGGACUUCAAGAGGAGUUAUCGGGAAUAAUGAUGUUACGAAACAGAGUCCGCAGGCUACUCGAAAUAUUGAUCACGCCAAUGCGAACCUUGAAACACCGUCUUUCCUCCGCCGAUCCACGUCUGGUCUAACGGGCCCUGACCCAACGGACAUGAGCCCAUUACCCGUCCGCAAACCACAGCAAUUCGUGGGGAAGGGCCUGUCUCAACUUGUACAGGGCUUACGUGACAUGGAGGAAGAACGAUUAGAAGAUGAAUGGGACGUGCUUCGGGAGAUUGAAAUCGAGCAAACGGGAACAGGCGUCGACGUACCGAAUAGUCAGGCCGCGGAUCCGAACUCGACGGGGCGUACAUUCAAAAAGAAAGGCCAGAAACGCACGACCAGACUAGUAAAGAUGAGACCUGUUGUUCAAGCAAAACCGACAACAACCAGAUCCCAACCUCAGUCUCUAUCUCAGUCUGAGCCUCGAUUCGAACACAAUCUUGUCUCCGCUGGCGGAUCCGGUGACGUUGAUGAGCUAGGAAUAGACGACAACGACCUAGUCGCUGUUGCGGAAACUCAAGCAGAUGGCCCGCCCUCUGGGCGUGUUGGUAUCCCAGCUGCCUUUAUAGACGAUGAUUUAGACUCGCUUCGUUCAAUCUCUGAAGCAGAGCAAGAUUCAGACUCAGAUCCGGACUACGAUGCAGACUCGAAACCAUUAGGUAGGAGCAAGAGUUUCUCGGAGAAAAUGAAGGAGGCUAUUGGGGCUACAGGGCAAGGCAGCGAUACGAAACAAGCACAAGAACGGCAGAAGGUGAAGGCAAAAGAGAAGAAAGAGAAAGAGAACAUCGAUACGAACGCUAAGAAGCCGUCCACAAGGAAGAUCAAUCCUCAAGCCCACGCAAACUAUAGGUCGUUGAAAAUCCGAAAUAGAGGGGGUGGUCGCAAUUUCGGACGGUUUCGACGGAGGUGAAUGGAAGGCACGGCUUUGAAUUCCUAUGAGAUACGACUGUUGCAUUUAUUGCCAUUAUCGAGAUACCAUGUUUCCAGCGGUAGAUUGUCUAUAUAUAUACCUUUUGUUUA